AUGACAUACGAGAAAAAAUUGCAGCAGACAUUAAGAAACAACUUUUCUAAACAUACCUUAUACCUAAAUGCUAUAAGUUUGAAAUUGAACGUAAAAAGAGGUGGUAAAAAAGUGAACAUGAGCAACGUACUUGGUAAGCUCUAUUUAAAAGUGCAAAUGGUUUCAGAAAAAUCUGAAGCUAAAAAUAUUAUAUUCAGCUUUGAAUUUUGUGACCGUCAUACGAGCAACGCUGGGAUUAGCCACAUCUUAAAGUUUCAUUUAUUAACAAGACAUCUCAAUCAUACUUUCUGA